AAGCAUUUCCGACGAGAGACUAAAAGGCUCAAUCCCUGCCUCCAUCAGCAACCUCCAAAGCCUUGAAUACUUAGCUUUAUGGAACAGUAGCCUGACCGGCCCAAUACCAACUACUAUCGGCAACCUUCCAAAGCUGACCGACUUGGAACUUUGUUACAACAGCUUAACUGGCACCAUCCCUGCAUCCAUGGGCAAUCUCAUAAGCCUCAAUUACUUGUGGCUAAUUGGAAACAAUCUGACGGGCUCCAUACCAGCGACGUUAUCCAACCUUGGGCUUUUGACCAACUUGAACCUCGGCUACAACGACUUGACAGGCACCAUUCCUGCCUUUCUUGGCAACCUCCAAAAGCUUUCCCACCUAUACCUACAUGGGAACAACCUCACUGGCUCGAUACCAGCAUCACUAGGCAAACUUUCAAAUCUUGGAGAUCUACUCCUUUUCUUCAACAUUUUGUCCGGCUCAAUUCCUGAGUCGCUCUUCAAUCUCACGAAACUCAGCACGCUCAGUCUCCUUGGAAACAGAUUAACUGGCUCAAUCUCUUCAAAAAUAGGCAGCCUUGCAGCGCUGACAACCCUACAGCUUGGCUACAACAACUUGACCGGCACCAUUCCUGAAUCUCUCUUCAAGCUCACAAACCUCAACAACUUAUUGCUAUGGAGAAACGAACUGACGGGCUCCAUACCUGCAAAAAUAGGCAACCUUCUAUUCCUGAAUGGCUUGUACCUUGGUCCCAACAACCUCACUGGCAGCAUCCCAGAAUCCAUUGGCAACCUCUUGCAGCUCACAAUCUUGAAUGUGCGAAAAUCCAGUCUGAGCGGACCCCUCCCUGCGACACUGGGCAGGCUUGCCAAACUCAAAGAAUUGAAUCUGACUGAUACUCGUGUCACGUGCCCGCCUAACAAGACCCCAUGUGUGGUUCAGCAGUCUUCUCAAACCGCUUUUUGCAUCCAGUGCCCUUCCUUCUGCACUACUUGCAUCAAGCCAGCACCACCACCCCCCUCCCCACCUCCAGCACUCCCAUCCCCACGUCGACCACCCCCUUCUCCAGCGUCUAUCUCCCCACCUACAGCGCCCAACACAACGGGCCCAUCCUCCUCCUCUUUCAGUCCCCCCCUCUCACCCGAAGCGCCUCCCUCGCAGUCGGGAGGCGGUCUCUCUGUGGGAGCCAUUGCCGGCAUUGCUGUGGCUGCUGUGAUGCUGCUGAUCAUUGGCACGCUGCUGUGGUGGUGGAGAGGUCACAAGAAGCGAGCAGCACGUGCAGCAAGCCGAGCUCGCAGCAUGUCGGGAGCUCAAUGCACCGAGUACUCUCUUGACGAAGUCCUCAAAGCCACCAACAACUGGUCCUCUGACAACCAGCUUGGCUCGGGUGCCUUUGGUGACGUGUACAAGGGCGUGUGUCCAGAUGAUGGCGUCACCCUGUGGGCUGUCAAGCGAGCCAAACUGAUUGACGUGGAAUUUCACAAAGAGGUCCAGCAAAUGGCCGACAAGAACCAUCCCAACAUCGUGCGGCUGCUUGGGUUUGCUAUUGGAGGGGACAUGAGGACACGUCCAGAGCAGAUCUUGAUCUACGAGUUUGUUUCCAACGGUGACCUUGACCACUAUAUCAAGAAGG